AUGAGUGAACAAUCAAGUAGUAAUUCAUCAUCAAAUCAACAAGUGGCAGCCACUUCAUCAUCGGCCGAUUUAUUAUUUGUUGAUCCUCUACAAUUAAAAAUUAAAACAUUCUUGGAGAAGGCUAAAACUGUAACAUUAUUGGAAAAUUUGAAAUCACAAAGACAAUUCCAUAAUCCAGAAAUUUUAAAUAAAAUUAUGAAAGAAUUUUCUCUUCAUGAUGAAUAUGGAACCAAUACACCAUCAGAGAUUUAUACACCAAUUAGUGCUGAAGAAUAUAAGGAAAUGAGUAAGAAGAGACAAUUGGAUCAAGAAAAACAGAAUUUCAUGUAA